AUGGCCACCACUGCCUUUCAAUUUGUUCAGGGAAACGAGCGCCUUGACUGGGGCAUCCUCGUCUCCAUUGAUGUUGAGCGACUGAUGAAGUCCACCAACGUGGGCACCCUGCAGCGCAUCAUCGAGAACAUCGCCUUCUCCCGUGUGACACGCGAUGAGGCCGCCCUCCUCACGCCGGACCACAUCCUGCACCUCUUUCAGCUCUGCCAAGUGGUGAUCCAGUACUUGGUCUACUCACAGGAGAUCCUCGCCAACAUCAACGUCAAGCUGAACGACCGUAUGGAGGGGCAGCAGGCCACUGCGCAUGAGCGGGAGAUGCUUCUCCAGCGGCUCUCCGACGAGACCGCCCUGCUGAAGAAGCAGGCCAAGACGCAGCGGCGCACGCUGUUGGCGUACGAGUACAACGUGCAUGCAGCGUUGGCGCGCGGGGUGACCGGCAGCGGUGCUGCUGCUGCUGCUGCCCCCGGCGUCCCGGCGACUUUGUACAUUUGCCCGUACUGCGGGGAUGAGUACCACAAGGCCGAGUCCAUGCAGUCGCACCUGCGCAAGAGGCAUAACACGACAGCGAGGUCGACAAACUCGCCGGUCGCAGGCACUGCCACCCCUCCCCCGCCGCCAAUCGCGAUUGGCGGCGGCGGCGGCCCAACUUACGGCAACCACCCAGCGUCUUCCAUCCCACCUGCUGCUGGUGGUUGCAUCGCAGCCGCCGGGGAUGCUGAGACGCUCCAGCAACUUCGCCACCGUGUGGAACAGUUAGAAAGAGACAAGGAGGUGAUGGAGCGGCAACAGCGUGAGAACCUGAUACUUAUGAUGCUGGGUGCCUCGCGGUCUCAGCCAACAUCCCCGCCACCACAGCAACAGGAACAGAAGCCAGCGUCGGCGCCCUCCAGUACAAGCCUGCACCCGCUCGUUUCUCCCUCACUGCCGCCGCCGUCGCCGCUUUCGAGUGCGACCGCGGCGCCGUCUGCGACAACAACCGAAAGCGCAGUGAACACAAUUCCAGAGCAUCUGCAAGGUAUACCGGUCGUGCCGGACAUCAGCGCGAUGAUGAACUAUAACCUCUCCUGCCAGCGUGAGGCCUCGGAAAACGCACUGCGGCGCCAACUGGUGAGCUUGGAGGCCGAGAUACGAGCGCUGAGGGCAAGCAAGUCGUCUGCAGCGUCAACAGUGCUCAGCGAAGCGCCACCGCCACCUCCACAGUCCACCCCUGGUCCCUGCAUCACUGCAUCUACUGGCGUCCCCGCUGGUGCGUGGCCUGCAUGGGUAGCGGAACUGGAGAACGCACAGCAACGCCAACACCAGCAGCAGCAACAGUCCACCACCACCGAAGCCGUCCCCUCUCUCACACCGCCGUCGACACCGCCCCCAGCACCACUACUACCACCGCCACCGCAGCAACAGCAGCAGCGUGACUAUACGACAGGUGUGACGGCACCCUCCCCUGUGUCACCACCCUCGCACUCACAGUCGUCUUCAACGCAGCCUGCAUCAACCUCCCCAGCGGCGCCGCUGAUCCAAGCGAUGCCCUCGCUUACCGCUCAAUCACCCUUGCGGUCAAGCUCUCUAGCACCGCAACCGAGCUACGGCAUUCAGCAGCAGCAGCAGCACCCGCCAGCAGUUCAGCCCUCGACACCCUCAGCCCCAGGCUUAUCCACCGCCGUCAUUCCGAUACCCUCUCCCACCACGGCGGCCAUAACUGAAGCCGGCGCACCUGCAGCUCCAACCCCCACGCCGUCCGUAAGCAUUCCUCAGCCGCUAGUGGUGCAUCCGAAACCGCACCACGGGGUAGAGAGCAGCACCAACUCCAGCCUCACAUCCACCUCAACAUUGCCUCCGCACCGUGCGGUCAGCAAAGGGCCCCCAGGCAUUUCGCUCUCUCACAUCAGCGCGACACCGUGGACCCUAUCGACCCUGACAAGCACAGGCGUAUUUGGCGGUGCCGCACUUGCGACGGCAACGGCGACAUCAACCUCUGUGGCACCGAUUCCGUUGCCAUCGACGACUUCUACCGGCCCUCUUGCCCCUCCUGUCUCUUCCCCCGGACUCGGCGUAGGGUCGUACUUUUCCUCUCGCACUUCUGUGCCUGCAGCUGCGACGCCAGCGCUACUCCCGAUUACUCCGCCGCCCGCCGCACGCGACAGCAGCAGCCCCACGCAGCAGUACUCAUACACAGCGCCACUCUCGACAGUAUCGCCAUCUGUGAGCAGCACGCACAACAGCCCACCGCCCCCGGCCACAGUGCCGGAACCCUCCGUGCCUCACCCGACGUCCGUUCAACCUCUUCGUAUGACGAACACCCCCCUCUCUCACGCACCGCCCCUCCCGGUGCCGGUUGUGGCAGGUAGCACCAGCGGUAACACCACCAGUGUCAAUAGCUGGUCUUUACCAGCUCCAGUGCCGAGUAUUGCCACCGUGCCGGUGCCAGCGCCGGCAGCAGUGUCCGGGGCUGUCAAGCCCUUCCGGACGUUGAGCAGUAGCAGUAGCAGUAGCAGUGGCUCGCGCUUCGGCGCUGCUGGUCGCUACGAGUAUUAG